CCGAGCUUUUCAUUGUUAGCAGUAGUGCGGCAUGUUCUCACAGAUUAUGUGUAGUAUUUUCGAAAAACGAUUAGCGCAGAAUUAACGAGAAAAGUGAUAAUCUCGCGAUAAGUAUUGCUUUGAUACUGUUAAAUUAAUACGAUGUGGCAAUUUGUGUUUAUCAUUUGUAUAUUAUCUAUAAUCUUCAAUUUGUGGGUCAGGCUUAAAAGAUCUGGCAAAUUAGCUAAUGCCAUUCCAGGCCCAGCACCAUAUCCCUUCUUUGGAAACAUGCUAUCUUUUAAUAUUUCCUCGAAUCAAAAGUUAUGGAAUGUCAUGAGGGAGAUUUCUCGAAAUUAUUAUCCAAUUACAAGAGUUUGGAUGACAACACAAGCUUUAUUUUCUAUACGCCAUCCAGCUGAUUUAGAGAUUUUGCUUACCAACCGCAGUACGAUAACCAAGGGUUUUGUUUAUGAGUUGUUAAAACCGUGGCUGAGGACUGGUAUUUUGACGAGUACAGGUAAAAAAUGGCACGAAAGACGUAAAAUUUUAACUCAAGCUUUUCAUUUUAAUAUAUUAAAAAAGCACAUGAAUAUUAUGAGCGAACAAGCGAUAAACCUCGUUGAAUAUCUCAAGAAACAAGGAAACGAAUCAAUUCAAAAUUUCUUGCCUCUCGCAUCAAAUUUCACCUUGAAUGUUAUCUGCGAAACAUCGAUGGGCGUAGAUUUAAAUAAAUUGGAUAUAGAAGAUGUCGAAAAGUAUCGAAAAGCAAUCUAUGACAUAGGCCGAAUAGUCGUCUGGAGGAUGCCAAGACCCUUCAUAACAGAUUGGAUGUUGAAAAUGGUUCCCUUUUUACAAAUGAAUCGUGAUUAUAACAGAGCACUUACACACGUGCAUCAGUUUACCGACAAAGUUGUUCAAGAAAGAAGGGAGUAUCAUAAGAAAACAAAUUAUAAAUAUUUAGAAGAUCUCACCGAUGAUCCCGACUUGACUGCCGAUGAUGUUUACACGGGACGACGCAGAAAACUAGCUUUGAUCGAUCUUUUGUUCUUAGCCGAAAAAAAUGGAUUAAUUGACAAUGCAGGGAUAAUCGAGGAAGUAGAUAAUUUCAUGUUUGCGGGUCACGACACGUCGGCAACGACGAUGACAUUCGCGUCGAUGCUAUUCGCAGAACACCCCGACGUUCAGAGCAAAGCGAGAGCCGAGGUGACCAAAGUCCUUGACAAAAGCAACGGUAAUAUAGGCGUGCAAGAACUGAAGGAAUUACAGUAUCUCGAGCAAUGCAUCAAAGAAACUUUGAGACUGUAUCCUCCGGUCUCGACGAUUUUCCGCCACACCAGCAGCGAGUUGCAACUGAAGCACGCACUGAUACCGCGUAAAUCUCAUGUUAUCUGUCAUCUGUACGACUGUCACAGAGAUCCUCAUUUCUGGGACAACCCGGAUAAAUAUGAUCCGGAUAACUUUUCACUGGAAAACACGCAGAAACGACAUCCCUAUGCAUAUUUGCCAUUUAGCGCGGGGCCGCGAAAUUGCCUUGGUCAAAAAUUCGCUAUGAUCGAAAUGAAAACAUUUAUGGCACAAAUUUUGUACAAUUUCCACAUAGAACCCGUUGAUUUAUUGAAAGAUGUAUCAUUUCAAGCUGACAUCGUUCUACGACCAAUGAAAGCUGCGCACAUAAAAUUUGUACUAAUCGACCAAGAAAAACAUUUGAAAAAAAAUUUGUAAAAAAAUCGGGAGUAAUUUCUCAUAUUGCGUGAUGUAUUUACUUUUUUUCGAAUCCCAAAAUUGUAACCUUAAACAAUAUAAAAAUUAUUUAUAAAUUAA